CUCCCCGCGACCGCCCCUCCCUCCUCCCGGACGGCCGGCGGCUGUGACGGCGGCGGCCGGGAGAGGCCCCUCCUUCACGCCCUCCUUCUUUCCCUCACUCGCAGCCAAGCGGAGCCGGCGGACGCCGCUGGGCCCCUAACCCUCCCCGGGCUAUGGCCGGCAAUGUGAAAAAGAGCUCUGGGGCCGGGGGCGGCGGCAGCUCCGGGGGUUCGGGCUCGGGCGGCCUGAUCGGGCUCAUGAAGGACGCCUUCCAGCCGCACCACCACCACCACCACCUCAGCCCCCACCCUCCGGGGACCGUGGACAAGAAGAUGGUGGAGAAGUGCUGGAAGCUCAUGGACAAGGUGGUGCGGUUGUGUCAGAACCCAAAGCUGGCGCUAAAGAAUAGCCCACCUUAUAUCUUAGACCUGCUGCCAGACACCUACCAGCAUCUCCGCACUAUCUUGUCAAGAUAUGAGGGGAAGAUGGAGACCCUUGGAGAAAAUGAGUAUUUUAGGGUGUUCAUGGAGAAUUUGAUGAAGAAAACUAAGCAGACCAUAAGCCUCUUCAAGGAGGGGAAAGAAAGAAUGUAUGAGGAGAAUUCUCAGCCUAGGCGAAACCUAACCAAACUGUCCCUGAUCUUCAGCCACAUGCUGGCAGAACUAAAAGGAAUCUUUCCAAGUGGACUCUUUCAGGGAGACACAUUUCGGAUUACUAAAGCAGAUGCUGCAGAAUUUUGGAGGAAAGCUUUUGGGGAAAAGACAAUAGUACCUUGGAAGAGCUUCAGACAGGCCCUUCAUGAAGUACAUCCCAUCAGUUCUGGGCUGGAGGCCAUGGCUCUGAAAUCCACUAUUGAUCUGACCUGCAAUGAUUAUAUUUCAGUGUUUGAAUUCGACAUCUUUACACGACUCUUUCAGCCCUGGUCUUCUUUGCUCAGGAACUGGAACAGUCUUGCUGUAACUCAUCCUGGUUACAUGGCUUUCCUGACAUAUGAUGAAGUGAAAGCUCGGCUCCAGAAAUUCAUUCACAAACCUGGCAGUUACAUUUUCCGGCUGAGCUGUACUCGUCUGGGUCAGUGGGCUAUUGGGUAUGUCACUGCUGAUGGGAACAUUCUCCAGACAAUCCCUCACAAUAAACCUCUCUUCCAAGCGCUGAUUGAUGGCUUCAGGGAAGGCUUCUAUUUGUUUCCCGAUGGACGGAAUCAGAAUCCAGACCUGACAGGCUUAUGUGAACCAACUCCCCAAGACCACAUCAAAGUGACCCAGGAACAAUAUGAAUUAUACUGUGAGAUGGGCUCCACAUUCCAACUGUGUAAAAUAUGUGCUGAAAAUGAUAAAGAUGUAAAGAUUGAACCCUGUGGACACCUCAUGUGCACAUCCUGUCUAACAUCCUGGCAGGAAUCAGAAGGCCAGGGCUGUCCCUUCUGCCGAUGUGAAAUUAAAGGUACUGAGCCCAUCGUGGUUGAUCCCUUUGAUCCUAGAGGAAGUGGCAGCCUGUUGAGGCAAGGAGCAGAGGGAGCUCCCUCCCCAAAUUAUGACGAUGAUGACGAUGAACGAGCUGACGAUUCUCUCUUCAUGAUGAAGGAAUUGGCUGGUGCCAAGCUUACUUGGACAAGCUUAUCAGCUACUCAUCACCCUGCUGUAGGCAGGGAAAUGGAAAAGGUGGAACGACCUCCUUCUCCAUUCUCCAUGGCCCCACAAGCUUCCCUUCCCCCAGUGCCACCACGGCUUGACCUUCUACAACAGCGAAUAUCUAUUCCUUCAAGUGCUUCUGGUCUUGGAACUGCUUCUAAGGCUCCUUCUGGCUCCCUUCACAAGGACAAACCAUUACCAAUACCUCCCACUCUUCGAGAUCUUCCACCACCACCCCCUCCAGACCGGCCAUAUUCUGGUGGAGCAGAAACCCGGCCUCAGAGACGCCCCUUGCCUUGUACACCAGGCGACUGUCCGUCCAGAGACAAACUGCCCCCUGUCCCCUCUGGCCGUGCCGGAGAAGCAUCAUGGCUGCCUCGGCCAAUCCCCAAAGUACCAGUAGUUGCCCCAAACCCUAGUGACCCCUGGACAGGGAGAGAAUUAACCAACCGGCACUCACUUCCAUUUUCCUUGCCCUCACAAAUGGAACCCAGAACCGAUGUGCCUAGGCUCGGAAGCACAUUCAGUCUGGAAACCUCCAUGAAUAUGAAUAGCAGCCCAUUAGCAGGUCCAGAGUGUGAGCAUCCCAAAAUCAAACCUUCUGCAUCUGCCAAUGCCAUUUAUUCUCUGGCUGCCAGACCUCUUCCUGUGCCAAAGCCGCCAGCUGGGGAGCAGUGUGAAAGUGAGGAGGACACAGAGUAUAUGACUCCUUCCUCUAGGCCUGUGGGACUUCAAAAGCCAGAAGUGAAGUGGCCUCUGGAGACAACCCAGAGUUCACGAGCCUGUGAUUGUGACCAGCAGAUCGAUAGCUGUACAUACGAAGCAAUGUAUAAUAUUCAGUCCCAGGCGGCACCGUCUGUCACAGAGAGCGGCACCUUUGGUGAAGGGAGUUUGGCUGCAGCCCAUGCCAACACUGGCCCUGAGGAAUCAGAAAAUGAAGACGACGGGUACGAUGUCCCCAAGCCACCUGUGCCCGCGGUGCUGGCCCGCCGCACGCUCUCUGACAUCUCCAACGCCAGCUCCUCCUUCGGCUGGCUGUCUCUGGAAGGUGAUCCCACAACAAACUUCACUGAGGGUUCCCAAGUUCCUGAGAGGCCCCCCAAACCGUUCCCUCGGAGAAUCAACUCUGAACGAAAAGCAGGUAGCUGUCAGCAAGGCACCGCCGCCACCUCACCGCAGCUCUCCAGCGAGAUUGAGAGCCUCAUGAGUCAGGGGUACUCCUACCAGGACAUUCAGAAGGCUCUGGUCAUUGCCCACAACAAUAUUGAAAUGGCCAAAAACAUCCUCCGGGAAUUUGUUUCUAUUUCUUCUCCCGCCCAUGUAGCCACCUAGCACACCCUCUGCAUGCCGCAGCUUAGAGGACCGAGGAGCCGGGAGCUCUUGCUCGAGUAGCACCUAAAAGGGCAAAGAGGUUCCUUUGGAGACUUCACAAUGAGGUCUUGCCCUGUGUGGGAUAUCACAUCUGUGGUUCCAAGAUUUCAAAGCAGUGGAAUGAGAAUGGAGCAGCUAGGAUGUUUUAUUAUUUUAUUUGUUUUGAGAGUGCAUUUGAAGGUGUCCUUCAGUCCCUCCCCACUUGGAGAGAGUGUGGAUUUUUAUUAAAUGGUAGCCUACCUGGGGAACGGUCCAGAAAGCAGUAGGAGAAGCACUGUGCUGUAAAUCCUAAUUGAGGACUUAAGACUUUCUUAGGUUAAGGAUGUGGUUGUGUGCGUCCUGUCUGUCUGUCUGUCUGUGGUUGUGUGUGUCCUGUGAUUAUAAGAUUUACCUGCUGUGUGUGUUAAUCCCAGGCAGGGAAUUAGCACAAGAGGUUUAAUAAGGAAUCUUAAAGACUUCCAUCAACUGUGGUUUUAUACCCAACCCCAGUGUGUAUUACAACUCCAACACUCCCCUUUGGCUUGGAUUAUCAUGUGCAUAGCUGAAGUCUUGUAUUUUUAGAACACCCUCCCUCUGUCCUUUCCUCAGUCUCCUCCUCCCUCCUCCUCCUUGGUGUCUGUCAUUGGCAGUGGGCUUGCUAUGACCAGCCUUACUGAAGCCGAGCAACCUAUAGGAUGUUCUUUAUUGUGUGUGAUGGUGUUGAUUUGUUUGGUAGAUAGGUGGGAAAAAAGUACUGUUGCUCUAUCAUUAUGGUCCUGUUUGAUACUCGCAGCGAACACUGGUCACUCCAAAGCACUGUUUCUAUAGGAACAUUGAGUCUGUUUUCAAAAAGGUGUUUUAAUUAUCCUAAUUACGUAGUGACUGAUUUGAGAUAGAGGCCUUCAGAUACAUUCCACGCCCUCCCCAGAAGAUAGUCUGUGGGAGUCAGUUGCCUUGGUGCCAGGUGUGUGUUCUAAUGUAGGUCACGAGGUUUUCUACUUAAUGGGAAGGAAAAACAUUUGUUUCCAGCAUGGCUUUCUGGCCCAAAUACCAUGAAGCUCUUAGGAAGCUCUAUUCACAUGCUCUUUACCUUGUUGUACAUAAAAUGCACAAAACAGACAAUAAAGAUUUAUCUCUUCAGUUUUUCUUCCCAGUGAAUUUCAGCUUAUAUGGGUGUCUCCCUUUGAAUAUGAGCCAGGUGGUAUUUUCAGAGGUGAUUUUUUUCUUUGCCCUUUAAGGAAUGGGGGGAAUACCAGCCAUGGUAGCACAGCAUUCUGCUGAUAAUGAGCACCAACCCUACCUUGGUGCCACGCUUGCUUUUCUCUUGUGCCUAUGGCUUUGGGAAUGUAGCACUUCCUUCUUCCUUUCCUUCCCCUUUCUUCUUCAUGUUAGAUCCUAUGCACUCUUUAGUGACUGCAUUCCCCACAGUAAUUAGACAUCACUGGGUGUAAUAAAUGACUUUACUGCAGGCAGACAACAUGUGAAAAGCCCUGCAGCUUGUGCCAUUGCCGGUUUGUAAAGAAGACUCAAGAGUCUUGUGUGGGGCACCAUUGGUACAUUCCUGCAGAUACUGCCAAGGCACCACUUGAGUUCAGUUAGUUCUCUGGCCAGAGCCUCUUACUGACUUCCCUAGCAGGGUGUAACCUUCCUCCGUGUCAGAAGCAAGCCUCCUCUUUGAUAAAUCUACCUUCCUCACAACCUAAAUCAUGGUUUUGUCAUGAGAUCCAAAGAGAAAUGACUCUCCUUACGCCUGUUUUCUUUCCCAUCUUGUCGUCUUUGGACCUAAAACUUUAUCUAACUCUUCUCUUGGCUUUCAGCUACUCCUAGGUCUUUUGAUUUUCUCCUCUUGCCUCAGAGCCAUGUGUAUUCCCAGAGGAGAUAGUUCAGGGCUUUUUGCUGACUUGCUGUGGUUACCCAGUGUCUCCUCUACAUGGCAGAAAAUGAUACAGCCCCCAACGGGUGCAGGAAGGCCUGAAUCGCGAUGGAGAGGGCAGAGGAAAGCGGCAGAGAGUAGGAAACAGUAACUAGCAUCUCGUUCUCAAAGCCAGCAUAGUGUUUCACUUGUGGUAGCAUUCAGUUUUGCACUUUGUUUAGAUGUUGAAGGCCUAGACCGAGAACUAGAGAAAAUGGCAGCAGUUUGCAUACCUCUCCACACUGGAAUUUUUCCUUGUCUGUAGAUACUACCCAUAGUCUGAAGCUCUAUCAAGAGAACAAAGCACUGGUUCUGCAUAUCUUUUGCCUUUUCAGAGUGCAUCCCAAAUCUUCUUUGAAGAUUAUGUCCUUACUUACAUAGGCUAAAGGCAGGUUCAUCCUUUCUUUUCAUAACUGAAUACCCUUGAGGUUUGUCAGGUCAGCCCCCAAACUAGGUGCCAGAUCCCUGUGUUGAACGUGGGGAUCUAGGUUGAACUAGGUGUGCACCAUUGCAUGGCUUGGUUCUUAGCUUGUCGGCCAUGUAUCUGCAGGUGUUCAGGGUCUUAGACCAUUCUGUGAGGGGUUUUCUCUUUGGAUGCUCUGAGGUCACGCCUGGGUCCAUGCCUGAGAUUGCCAGGUGAGGCUCAGGAAAGUUUUUGCAUGGCUUUUGUUUUGAGGAUAUUUCCAAAACUUUAAUUUCUUAAAUUUUCCUUUGACUAAGGCACCAAUAACCCAUUCUUCGUCCUCCAUUUGUAUGGCAAUUUAAAAUUCUUUGGCUCUGCUCUGAUUUUAACUAAGAUUGCCCUUUCACAAGUGGGCUUUGAAUUUCGCCAUUUUCGGCAAACACAUCCCCUUUCCCGCUCUUAAUUACAAAUGGUUCCUCCUCUGUUACCUGUCAGGUAAGUAAGGUAAAAACCACUUUGAUGUUUUCCUUUUUCUCAAGUGCACUAGGCUUUUCUGUUCAACCUGGUCUCCUGCUUCCCCAUGUCUCCCUGGGUUGCUUUACAUAGCCUGCCUUGUUGCUGGGUGCCUGCUUUGCAGUACUUAAUCAGCUGCACCUGCUGUACUCCUUCCAUUAAAGUCAGGAGUUAUCAAAGUGGAAAAACCCUGUGGGCUCAAUGAUAUACCUCCCUUUAGGUAAAUAAUAGAUUAGGCAGUUUAUCGUCUCAGCAUUUAUGUGUUAAUAUUUAUAUAAAUAGUGAUAUAUACCUGUGGAUGGCCAUUCUCUUCCACUAGCUCUCUCUGUCCCCCAGUGCCACUCUACAUAUUCUGCCAUUCUUCUGUUCUUUUGCUUCCUAUACAGACUCUCAACACCAGGACCCAGGGUGUGGGAUGGUACUAUUAGUAUCAUUUAGCUGUUUUGUGGAUUUAAAAAAAAAAAAUUGGGGGGUUGCUAUUCCUCACACUUAAAAUAUUUAUUUCCUCUAUAGAAAGGUAAAAUAUAUUUUAUGGUCCAAUCAGCAAUCUUACACAUGAAUUUUUGUAUAUUUGCUUGCAAAAUAGGGACCAGCUAUAUGUUCUCUUUAACAAGAUGUAGACCUUUUUGUGUGUGAUCAGCCAUGCUGUUAGUGCAGAAUAUUCUCCUACCUCACAUCACGAAAGGCGGAGGGAUAUAGGCCCUCUUCCCAAACUGUAAGUCCCCCUUCUUGCUGUUGGCCUUUCUGACUCUGCAGUGACCACUGCCCAUGGAAUAACAGUGUUCUGACCAUUGGCUUGGCUCUAACAUUGUGUUUGUUCAUUCAGCAAGUGUUUAUGAGUGAUUACCAUGAGCCUGAAGCGUCAGCUCUGUGUUCUCCCCUGCCACCACAUGGUGGUUUACUGAUGUUUAGCGGUUGUACUUGGGCUGUCUAGCAUGUGCAUUUGGCCCUAAAAUAGCCGUUCCCAGUAAGAUUGUGCGGGUUAUAUUCACAGCUCUUUUAUGUAGACAUUUCCUUAUAGAGCUGUCCUGGUUAAAAAUCAGUUCAAGACACUCCCAUUAACCCCUAUCGUCUUCCUAUAGGUUUGACAAUGUCUGGGAGAUUCCUCCAUGUAAGUCUCAUGGAUACCCACCAUUUUUAUGUGUUUAAGUAGAAUCUGUUUGGUGGUAGGUUGGUGUGUUGGCUCAGAGUUGCACAAUAGGGCAGUUAAAUGUUUAAGUAAAGCAUCUGCCUACAGACCCCUUUCCACUCUAGUGCCUUCCUUGAUCUUUUUAUUGAGCUGCCUGUACCUCUGAUCCCCUUUAUAAAGAAGUUUUCUUAUCACCCUUCUGGGACCUCUCACCAUCUCCCAUUCUAUGUGGAACUUGUUUUCUAAUCCUUCAACAACCUUUCAGCUAAUCCUAUGUCUUAGAAGGGCUGAAGGUGUGCGAGAGGGAUGGGCACCUGUUUCUGGGUCCUGAUCUUCAACCAGUUGUUUGGUCUCCCAAGAGCCAGGCAGUAACAUAGGUUGAACUCAGUCAGUUCUCAAAAAUGUCAGCCUGUAUCUCUAGGGGUACGGAGCUUAGAGACCGUAGAACUUAGUAUGAAAGUCAACACGUUAUUAUCCUCCUAGACUUUCAGGCCCUAGAAAUUCUAUCUAAAGUAUUCUCAGUUGGCAUAAAGCAUUACUAUUACUACUUUGAUCUCAGUCUACAUUAGCAGUCUCUCUUUAGAAAUGUGUGUAGCCAUUUAAUGCACGGAGAUGGAUGCAUAGUGGAGGAAGGUCAGGGCUGUAUCUUUGACCGUCCUGUUGAGCAAUCCUUUGGAUGCAAGAAACAGAAGUAUUCAAGCAGAAGAAAGGAGGGAAUCAUAAGGAUGCAGGGUAUUUCCCACAACCCAGGAUAAGCGGUACAGUUGAUUCUGCGUGGAGCUGAGAAACUUUGCAGCUAGUCCUUUCUCCUGCUCGUCGGUCUGUUUGUCGGUAUGCAUGGCCCCAAAAUAGGCACCCCAGUCCUCACGACCCCCAGCUCACCAUUAAAUGGGAUCACCAUUUUAACAGAUUCCCAGCGCCUCUUGGUUCAUAUUCUCAAGAAAGACUAUGAUCAGCCCAGCACAUUGAUCAGGUAUCGACCCCCGACUUUGCCGCACAGGGCAGCAGCGGCAUGCUGCUUCAGAUGGGAAGUAGGGGCAGGGGGAGGUUCUCAGGGAGGAGGGGAUAGAUACCCUAAAAUGCUUUACUCUAGUAGUAAAACUUACCAUACUGCUUUUUUGAGAGUGGAAAGGCAGGCAUGGGACUAUGUCUGGGACUUGGAGGAAAUGCUUAGGUUAAAGUUAAUUUAGGUUACUGUCUUCUUUGUUUCUUUAUUUCCUGUUUUUCUUCCCUUUAUGAGUCUUGGCAUCCAAGAUUUCUUACCUCCCUCUUUAGGACCAGUUUCUCCUGUUCCGGAGCUAGUCUUUUCUUAGGUGACAUUUCUUAGCCUUCAUUCAGUCUCAGGUUUCUAGCCUUCUUUGAUGUCAUUUAGAGAGCGGAUCACAAAUCCACUGUAGCCCCUACGCAUGGACUUCUGGGCUCUCUUCAGGUUUUAGUGCUGAGAACAUGCUCAUUCUAUGGGCCCAUGGCCUGCCUCCCUCCACGCCCUCCUCCCCACCCUUUUAUCUGGUCUCUCCUCUAUGAGGGGAGCUCUGCAGUAAUAUUCUUAGGCAGGCCUUCCGAGGUACCUCAGAAACUACUUUGCCAGUAAGAAUUUAUAAAGUUGGGACAGUUGCCAGGAUAUAAAUUAGGUAUAGAUUCCAAUUUGGAGAGACUUUUUACUGAGAGCUCUUUAGACAGGAUGCAUUUGCCCUCCCUGUCCAGUUGCUUCCUUUGUCGUCCUAUAGUAAAGCCUUUAUUUUUUGGUUUUUUAAAACUGUGCUUCCGCUUGCCUGAAUCUUUUGAUCUUUCUUAUCUCAUCCGGGAGCCUGUCCUGUAUUAUUAAGGCAUUUCAUAAUUACUUAUAACUUUUUUAAACUACUGGAGUCAUUUGAUGUACACAGAAGUAACCUAAUAAUCCAAAGAUAUACACAGAGGCCCGUGAUGAAGGCUGGGGCCUGCGUGUUUGAAAUUCCCUCCUAGGCGCCAGAAUUAAGGGGCAGAGGGACAGCAGUGCCACUCGCCUUCACAGAGUUCUAGGAAAUCUGGGUUGGUUUCAAAGGCGAGCACCAGUUUUUCUUGGUUCCAGAAAGUAAGCCAGGCGUAAGUGGGGGAAGUCGGGGUGGGGAGAGCGAGGCCUGCCUGGAGGCUCACUCGCAGUUGGCUAGAGAGCAUGGUGCCAGAGGGCCAGCUGUUGACUAACAGACUAACAACUGUUUGGAGAUCUCGCUGCCCCUUCCCUUGUUCAGUGCUUGAGAAGAACGUGGCUGACCACUCCCUGUGCUUGUAGAGAGCAGAGGCUGAAAGUGAACCUCAGGUCUCCUACUGAUUUGGCAGUGGAACAAAUCAGCGUUCUGAUUGCCCGGCCCCAUAUUCUCAUUCAGUCCCCACAAUGAAUGUGCGAGGCGCCCUCCCGCAGUUCUCCUUCUACCCCUGGGCCAGUUCGGGAGGCCAGAGGAGUACUGCUCCGUACGUGCUCUCUGAGCCUCCUCAGGCCUUGCGCUGCCUCCUGCUGAAGCCCUGAAGUGGGGUGUGCAGUGUGCCCACGCCCGGCACUCUGACAUGGGUGCCGAUGUGCCCUUUGUGUCAGUUCCCUCCGCCCUGUCUACCUCUGACCCUGUCCUGGGUGAGGGUGGCCAUGCUUUUGGCUGUCUGGAAACUGAAGAGGCAGAGAACUGCUUACAAAUCUGUAGACUACGUGUUUUCUCUUCCUUGGCUUCUUCCUUCUGCUGCCUGGGUGAGUGAGCCAUGCCCAUGAGAGUGGAUGCCUCCUCUCCUGACCUGCCCUUCUCAGCAUUGUUUUAGUGUCUUGGCCUUGACCUCCUGCUGAAACGUGUGGUAGGGGUGUGGCAGCUAUGAGGUACCUCCUACAUCUGCUUCCUGGCUGUGGUGACUUGGGAUUUUUAACCUUAUAUAUCUUUUUUUUCCUUUAUUCAAAACAAAACAAUUUUUAGCACACUGAAAAAAAAAAAAAAAGCCAAACAUUUUGUGCCUUUCUAAGGCAGCACUGUAUCCCAGGCUGCAUUUUAGGACUUAAUAUGGAAAUACCAGAGUCUUAGCUCCUCUACCUUGAGUGUCAUUAGUCCCUCCGGUCUAGGGGAGAGGAAGUGCUCCGUGCGGCUGGGGAGAUGGCCCCCAGGUGCAGCGUAUCCGCGGUCCCUUCUCCCUGCCACGGUGCUUAGUUGGAAGGAAUGAGCAUUGUAUCCCAGGAUCAUUUGGUUGGUUCCAGUCAGAAUCUUAGUUAUCAGGUUGAAUGUUCUGUGUUCAGCAGGAGGAGACAGAACGUUCCACGAUUUCCAGACAUACUCUGGACCAUUUCAAGUGACCCAGCCUCCUGAUCCUAUUAAUGACCCAACUUCAUGGAACAGUGUAGGGUGGACCCUCCCGAAAAGGGGAGGUUGUUUGGUUGUUCGUUUUGUCUUGUGUUUUUGCUGGGUCCUGAACUGGCCUAGACCUCCUGCCUCUCCCUUAGACUUGGCUUUCCUUUCAUUUGAAAACUUCAGACAUAGAGCAUUAAGCAACUAGUGCCCUCUGCAGGGGCGAGUUUUCCCCUGGGAAGGGCAGCAAGGACCACGUACCGGAACAGAAGCCUGUCCUCAGUAUUGUGGCCACUGUAGGUUUCAACCAAAAAAAAAAAAAAGAAAGAAAGUUUUCUGUAUGAUGACAUUUUACUUAUCUCUUUUCCUUUUCUCAGUUCUUCCCUGCCUUUAACUAAUAGAGAAUUGGGAGAUAGAAACAAUUCUUUUCAAAGUCCUCCUUAUUCAGGAUUUUGACAUUCUUGGCCUGGGUGGGGCUGGAGAGAACUUGAUACUUUUCUCCAGAAUGAAGAGUCCCAUUUGUAUAUCAGUGUUAAAAAUAAAACAAAAUGAAAACUUAGAUGAGAUUUUUGUGGACUAUUUUAAAAAUGUGUCAUUAAUAUAAAAAAUUAUAUUAGCAGUAUUUAAUCAUUCUCACCUGUAAAGAAUAAAACAGAAGGUAAAUAUUCUUACAGAGAAUAGCAGAGCUUUAAGAUUCAUUUUCAUUUUAAGUCCGUUUUGUU